GGGGUUUUCCCUAAGAAUAUGGGAAUAAAAUUAAUGACCACGUGGACUAGACUUAUCACAGUGCAGUGAAAGGCUCUGAGCUAGCUGAGUGAAGGAUCCAGGAGAGGUAGAGGCAAGUAGAAGACCUAUAGAAAUGGAUGAUCUGUACGUAAAGAACUCUUUCUGUGACUUAAAUGUCGUCAUUCAAGAAGGGAAGAAGGCCAACAAUGAUAUGUUGCAAAUGCUUGGAGACUAUGGGUAUGAAACAGUUGCACUCAAUCAAGAAGUUACACUUGCUAAAAAAAUCCAGCUCAAGCCCCCAAUUUUGUUAGAGAGUUUACUCGAUGUAGACCGUAUACCCGUGUGUAAGAGAAGAGGUCCACUGAAGAUUUUGCGGAGACUGACUGUGAUAGUGGAUGAUGCCUCUUUACUACAUGCUCUGUCUUCUCCUUCUGUUGAGGGCUAUGAUUUACUGGCUGUGAGGCCCACCAACGAAAAAACAUUUCAAAUAGCCUGCAGUACUCUCAGUGUUGAUAUUGUGUCAGUGGACUUGAGUGAGAGAGUUCCAUUCAGUUUUAAACGAGCACAAAUUGGACAGGCAAUAGAGCGAGGACUUUGUUUUGAAGUAUGCUACUCCCCAGCAAUUCGAGAUUCUACCGCAAGAAGAAACACACUGGCUAAUGCUAUGGAGCUGAUAAAGAUAGCUAAAGGGAAGAGGAUCAUAGUAUCGAGUCAAGCAGAGAAGGCAUUUGACCUGAGGGCUCCAGCUGAUGUUACUAAUCUAUGCAAUCUGUUUGGUGUUCCCAGUCCACUGUGUAAGGCAACCAUCAGCAGCAGUUGCAGAGCUGCCCUACUACAUGCAGCUACGAGAAAGAAGACAGCCAAAGGUGUGGUGUCUUCCACGUGUGUUCCGAUACAAAAUCUUAAAGCCGACAGAGGGACCGUAGAAACCAAGCAACUGUUGGAUGUGCAAAAAGCCGGCAAAAAUAGGAAGAGACAUGGAAUUUACCUAAUUGAUACUGAAACCGAGCUGCCAGCAAGCAAACGAACAUCUGAACUCUUGGAUGCUGAAAGCAGGCUGCAAAAAGCCGGCAAAAAGAGGAAGAGACAUGGAAUUUACCUAAUUGAUACUGAAACUGAGCUGCCAGCAAGCAAACGAACAUCUGAACUCUUGGAUGAUGAAAGCAGGCUGCAAAAAGAGGAAGAGGCAUGGAAUUUAUCUUGAUACUGAAACUGAGCUGCCAGCAAGCAAACGAACAUCUGAACACUGAAUGUAUAAAUAUGUACACAGUCUGCUGAAUGGUUUAAUGAGUAGAGAGUUAUACAUGAAACACAA